GCUCAGAGAGGAGUGGAGGGCUGACAUCACAGCGGCUGGCACUCCGAGAGUCUGAGAGCAGGAGUUUAAAUUGCCGUAUGGUCAAUUUUUAACGCGGUAAAAACAGCUGCGAGUGAAACAUGCAGUCCGAAUCUGGGAUUGUACCGGAUUUUGAAGUGGGUGAGGACUUUCAGGAUGAGCCAAAGACCUACUACGAGCUGAAGAGCCAGCCUCUGAAAAGCAGUAACCCCUCUGAUCAGCAUGGCUGCUGUAGGCCUCCUCUGGGUUCAAGGACAUUGCUGAGGCAGCAGCUGAUGAGGGAGCAGUUGGAGGAGGAGGAGCGAAGGGAGGAGCAACAUCGCCGUCGCCAGGCCCCGCCUUACACCAAUCAAACGACCACCCACAGCUCUGCCAUCAACGUCAACACACACUCCGCCAUGCCCGCCGCCACACAAGUGCCCAUGGAGGUGCUGAGGGUAAAAACUCAUCUAGAGAACCCGACUAAAUAUCAUAUCCAGCAGGCUCAGAGGCAGCAGGUGAAGGCAUAUCUGUCCACCACACUGGGCGGAGGAGUGGGGUCACAGGCGGUCAGCUUGCCGUGCCCCAGCCAGGCCUCUGACCACGGGGGAAUGCCUCCGGGGCCGGGCAGCAGCGCCCCCAACAGCCCGAUGGCCUUACUGACUCUCAACUCCAACUGCGAGAAAGAGAUGGAUGAAGUCAUUGAUGACAUCAUUAGUUUGGAAUCGAGCUACAGUGAAGACAUGCUUGGUCUGUCUUUAGAUCCUGGACUUCAAAUGACCAAUACGAUGCCAGUUCCUGCAAACCUGCUGGACAUGUACAGUAAUCAGGGAAUGGUGCCCCCUGGCCUGUCCAUCAGCAGUUCCUGCCCUGCCAACCUCCCCAACAUCAAAAGGGAAUUUUCUGUUACACCAUCUCCAGCCAUGAUGCACAUGAUGGAGAAGCCAGGAUCCUGUGGAAAGUUUGAAAACUAUCAAAGGCCUGAAGGGUUUCCUGUAGAAGCAGAGGUUCGUGCUCUUGCAAAAGAAAGGCAAAAAAAGGACAACCAUAACCUAAUUGAGAGAAGACGGCGUUUCAACAUCAACGACCGUAUCAAAGAGCUGGGCACGCUCAUCCCCAAAUCAAAUGACCCGGACAUGCGCUGGAAUAAGGGCACUAUUCUCAAAGCCUCUGUGGACUACAUCAGGAAACUUCAGCGGGACCAGCAGCACACUAAAGAGCUGGAGAACCGGCAGAAGAAACUGGAGCACGCCAACCGCCACCUAAUGCUCAGGAUACAGGAGUUGGAGAUGCAGGCUCGCGCUCAUGGGCUGGCUGUGGCUUCGUCUGCACUCUGCUCUCCUGAUCUUUCUGCUAGGCCCAUCAAACAAGAGCCCAUGCUGGGGGAUUGCACGCGGGAUAUGUACCCCCACCAGAACCCCCACCAGACCGGCCCAGACAUCACACGCUCCACCACGCUGGACCUCACCGACGGCACCAUCAGCUUCAGCGACGGCCACGCCCCCACAUCUUCCGACCCCGGGGCCUACGGGGUCAUCUCCAAGGUGACCGGCGCCAAGCUGGACAACAUCCUGAUGGACGCUGAAACACUGUCUCCUGUAGCUACCGGUGACCCACUGCUCUCCUCCGUCUCCCCCGGAGCGUCCAAGGACAGCAGCCGCAAAAGCAGCAUCAGCAUGGAGGAGUCCGAGCACGGCUGUUAGCGCCUCCUGAUCACCACCAAAAGCACCAAGAGACACUUGCCUGCUCAUCAAGAAUCCUGUUAAGCCCUUUUCUACGUUUACACCUCCUUUAUUGUAUUGUUAUAUCUUACCACAGUCUCAGUUUAUUAUUUUUACCCCUUUUCCGUCUUUAAACUGAAUCUGGCUGCACAAACCCUGAAUCAAGGUCAGUACUGUUUAAGUAGCACUCUGUACUUAAUGAAUUAGACCCCAGUUUUAUCACCCUGACGAUAUGAAAGAUGUAUGAGUGAAUAAUAAUGAUGAUUAACAAGAUUUCCCUCUGGCUUAUAAAGGACUGUACCAGCUGGAAAACAGUAGGGGUGGGCGAUAUGACCAAAAUGUAGCAUCACAAUACUCAGAUGCCUUUUUCACAGUACACACUGCACAGUACUCACAACACACUAUCCCAAUAUUUAGUUUUUCUCAGGUUAGAUAAGUUAGAGCAUGCAAAAAUAGAACCAGUAGAGUUAAAUAAACACAUAUAUAUAUAUAUAU